GCUUCAGACAUCCAGCUCUUCAUCGCAACGGAACAAAAAUCUGGUAUCCUACGUCGCCCAAACUACCAACAUGCCACCAGCCAAGAAAGCCGCCGGAAAGGGAGGAAAAGGAAAAGGAAACGACACGGGCGAUGCGAAAGAAACGAAAGUUAAAGGAGCCCAGCAAAUUAAUGUUCGGCAUAUACUUUGCUCCAAACAUAGUAAAAUGACGGAAGCUCUCCAGAAAUUAGAGGCGGGCGCAAGCUUUGAUAGUGUGGCUCGGGAGAUGUCUGAGGAUAAGGCAAGAGCUGGUUCAUUUUAGGAGGAGCUUUGGGAUGGAAGGGGAGGGGUGAUCUAGAUGCCGAAUUUGAGAAGGUGGCUUUUGAGAUGGAAGCAAGUACUACGGCGAAGCCAAAGUAUAGAGAAGUGAAGACGGGGUUUGGCUAUCAUAUUCUUAUGGUUGAAGGGAGGAAGUAGGCAAGAGCAAUCUAAUGUAGUGAAUUGAAGGAUGAGAAAGAAACUGGUGUAUAGGAUGUGCAUGGUAAGGGGGCGAUUAAAUUACUAGCUGAAGGGUGUUGGGCGUCGUUUGCGUCAUCUCAAUGGAGUGCAUGAGAAAGGUUCUAGAUGAGCCCAUGGAUAGGGCUGAGAACCUAGCUUGCUUCAGAAUUAAUAAUUUUUCUCCACGAACGACAGAAGCACAAGUCA